GCUGAACACGUCACUAGUUCAGUCAGUUACAAGAUGGCGAACGUCCGGGAUAGUGAUACAUCUUUGUGGCUCCACAAUAAACUCGGAACAUCGAAUGAUUCCUGGACCAGUGGCUCAAUUUGUACACAAUUAAACGCAGAAGUUUUGAAAAAUAUCAAGGAUUGUUUUCCAGAUUUGCAAACGCAAGUGAAACUAAAAUUAUUGCUAAGUUUCUUUCAUAUCCCGCGCAGAAAUGUUGAAGAGUGGCGAAAUGAACUGGAAGAAAUCAUUGAAGUGGCUGCUGUGGACUCUGACUUGUGGGUGGCGAUGCUUGCUGAGGUCCUCAAAACGUUCCCCUCGGCCGGGACCCUCAACACCGAGAUAGCAGAGUUUGACGAAACCCGACCUAUAUUCAGUGAUAUGAUCGGGGAGUUGAGACGGGCUUUAGCCAAACAUUCAGACCUUGGAUUACUACCUCUUGAGUGCCUAUAUUUGAAUAAGAAUGCUUUAGUUUCUGUGGUAGGACAACAGCCGAGUGCAGUGAAACAUUUCACAUUAAAACGCAAGCCCAAGUCUGUAGCACUUAGAAGUGAACUGCUAGCCAAGGCGACGGAGGUGCAGGCCAAUCAGAAGAAGGCACAAGCACCCACCGUGCCUGUGAGGAGCAGGGGCAUGCCUCGGAAGAUGACUGAUACUACGCCGCUGAAGGGGCUGCCGUCGCGCUGGGCGGCGCGCGGGCCGCGGUCGGCCGCGCCGCGCUGCGUCGCGCCGCGCGCCGGCAUCAAGCUGCUCGACAUCGCCGACCAGCCCGCCACGCACGCCAUGAUCAAGAAGCGCAAGAAGCUGGAAAUGGAGGAGGGGCAAGCUAACAAGAAGGCUGCGCCGGCGCCGCCGUCGUCGCCGCCCCCGGACUACGCCAAGGGACUCAACUACGCGUUGCCCAAACCGGAGGACACGCCCAAUACGAGCACAGUGGAGCCGCCGACGGAGUCCCCGCCGGCGCCGCGGGCGUCGCCGCCGCGGUCGCCGGCGCCGGCGCCGCAGCCGCUGCAGCAGCCGCAGCCGCAGCCGCCGCCCAGUGCGCCCGCGCAGCCUGUUCUAGUGCAGCAGGGAACGGGAGCAAAACCGAUUGUAAUAGGUCAGCAACCGAAGCUGUUGAUAGCAGGACAGGCGGGUGGGAAACCUGUCUUGUUGUCCGCACAGAACCUGUUGAACACCUCCGCUGUUAUAUUGCAACCUGGGGGCAAGGCUGUCUUGUUGCAGAAUAUUAAAUCGGUGAACCAGCCGGCGGCGGGCGGGCGGCCGCUGCUGCCGGCGCUGCACGCUCAGCAGCACGGGUUGCAGCAGAUCGCGCAGACGGUGCAGAUGGCCCCGCAGCCGCCGGCGCCGGUCGCGGCGCCGCAGCCGCCGCCCCCCGCCCCGCAACCACAACCACAACAACCCCUGUUGCCGCGGAGAGGGUUAUCACUCACGCGCGACCAAAUGCUGGAAGCUCAGGAUAUGUUCCGGAACGCCAACCGCGUCACGCGACCGGAGAAGGCUCUCAUACUAGGGUUCAUGGCUGGAUCCAGAGACAACCCCUGUCCAAACCUAGGCAACAUAGUGACAAUAAAGCUAUCAGAAAACAUAGAAAAUGUCCUCCAAUCAGACGACACGUACCUCACUAUGCUGUCAGAGAUGCACUUCCAAAUGAACUACAACAAUGGGCAAUGGACCAGGCUCAAGAAGUACCGUCAUAUUGAUGGCAUGGUGCCUCAGAAAAUACCCCCAGGGUCCACAGUCAUAUCGGCCAAUAACCAACAGCCUGUGGUUUCAAUAGCCAAUCAGAGUGUCAGUUAAGUGUCAAAGUGUUUAAAGUGGUUUAUGUAAUAUUAUUUUCUGUUGCGCUAUCAACGAACACGAAUGAAUAAUGGUUCGUCAAGGUGUCAGUGUACUAUUUUGAAUCUUAUUGUGUUGACAUAGAGCUGGUUUUCGUAUAUUUGCUAAGGUAAUACCUUGUAGCCUAUAAGUGUUACAGCUAUAAGUGUGUUAAAAGAUAUUUUAUCCGUAAGUCGGUUAAUUUUCAUUUGAUGUUGAAUGUUCAGAUAUCGCUAGGAUAUACAGUUGUUGUUAACCGGAGUGUAAAGAUGAAAAAUUGUGUCCGACUGAAACUAUGAAUUCUAAUUUAUUCAUUCCGAUUUUAAUGACGUUCUUUUUAUUGUGCAUAAACCUAUUGGGGUGUUUCUCAGAGCUUUAUGACUGCUGCAGUCGCGCCGUCAUUACAAUUUUUCAAAUUUUAACAAAAACAACAAUUAGUUUUACUAUCUGACUUUAAAAUUAAUCUGUACUGUGGUAAUGUAAAUUUUAUGAAUGAUUGAUUUUGGACAUUAUUCCUUCCUCAAGAAAAUUUGAAAAUUUUAUCGAAAUAACAGCGCGCCCGCAGCGGUCGAAACGGUCUGAGAUUUACCCAGAUUUGUUCAAAUUAGAUGUUUAAGCCAAAACCGAAUAUUUGGUCGGACACUAGUUUCAAAUGACUAGCAUAAAGUACAUACAUUUGAUGUCAAAUCAGGCCAGAUGCAAUGCCAUUGAAUGGAUAUAAGAUGUUUUUGAUGGUGAAUAUGCUUUCAGUGUGAUGUGUUCGAAAUUACUUUAACAUGAAAAUUUUUUUUUUAAUUUGAGAAAACUUAUUAAAAAUCAUCACAUUCGCUAUAGUAAAAAUGAGAUAAAUAUAGAUACAUAAUAUCGAAAAGUUCCGAAAACGGCUGGACCUAAUUGAAAACACGAAUUUUUUUAAACAAUAAAAUAACUUUACUUUCUCCAUUACUUUGUUAAAAUAAAACUUAUAUAUUUCGAAUAUAUAUGAAAACUAGAAUCCGGAGCGUGCUAAAAUUAUGACGCAAUGAUUUUAUAUUAGAAUGUAAAAACACGCCUAGCGUGUCGAAUCUGACACGCGAGGCGUUUUAUCCAACAGUAGACGUAAUUUGGCUUAUUUCUCUAUUUUGAUCUCAAAGACAUGGACUAAAUUCAGUAUCAUUUAUUAGUGCCAAAACGAUUGUGAAAAUAAUUGUUUUUAUAUUAGAAGUAUGGCUUCAGAUGAUAUGAAUAGUAAUAAUUGUUUUAAUAUUUACCUAAUGGGCCUUUAUUGAUGUAAAUAAUUAGAUAAAUGAUAGUAUAUGUGACAACACAUUGUUGUAAAGCAUCUUAUACACUAAAACAUAUAUAAAUAUCUUCACAGAGAGUGAGAAUUACAUGCUUUUUUCACCAGAAUCAAUAGAAAUGAGGACAGCAUAUGUUCCCAGUGGUACGUUCACAGUCAAAUAAUUACAAUAGACAAUGAAUUUACACAUUCUAUUGUUUAAAUUUAAAAGAAAUCUAUUACUGGUAUGUAUACUGGAAUGUUACAAUACUUAGGGCCUGUGAAGAUAAACUAUUUGAUAGCCUGUAUGUAACUUAUACAUAUAGCGUCAAAUAUAAAAUUGUGUUUCUCAAGUUGUGGAUAAGACUAACUGAUAGAUAACUUCAGGUAGAUUAUCUGGCAGUUCGUGUAUUUGUAAUUAAAUGUUUCAAGAAUGUUUAAAAACGACUUAAAAUAAAAAAAAUAUAUUUUAACGACGAACAUAAUGCAAAAUAUUUCUUACUAGAAACUACUGAAGCUUAGUGAUAAGAGUCAUUUUUUGACACUAACCAUAUUUGUUAAAUAACUCAAAUAAAUAUAUAAAAAAAAAAACAUAGAAUUCAACUUCCAAAUGAAAUUUAUAGUGACAGAACAAUUUUACGACUGUGUCGUGAGCAUCUAAUUGGCAAAAUAAAUUUCUUUAAAAAUAACUUCAUCAUCUUCCGAAUUUUCUGUAACUAGGCUAGUGUUAAAAAGUACCCUAAAAAUUAAAUAUUAAGCCCCGAGUUUGGUAUCUCCAUGGAAAAUUGUGACUCCUUCAGGACUGCUGCCAGGGUGUGCAUGGUUAGCUGCUCCCGAUACUGGUCCGUGAAUGGCAGACACAAGCGUAGCACUGCAAGUGUAAUUUCGAAGUUAUGGACUGUUUAACAGACAGAUCAAUAGGAUGACACAAUGUCCUUAUGCAAAUUCCAAUCACAUCCCAACUAUUAUUAUAAAUGCGAAAGUGAUUUUGUUAUAUUCAAACAAUCUUUUAUGAGCGUUGUGAAACCGCGCACACGACAAUAGAUCUUAGCGCUUUGUUCUGUUUCAUCUCGCGUAUUUUUGAUGCAUGUUUCUCUUUCUUGUAUGAGCGAAACAAAAGAUACGAUGAUGUCUAUAGUAUUCUCUGUCCAAACAACGUUAAGUUGCUAUUGACACAAAACAGGUGUUUCUCACUCAUGUGAAUUGUAUUGAAAAAGAGCGAGAUAUAAAAAGCGUCAAAUGUUGCUUUUUUAAGUAACGAAUGUCUGCAUAAUGCUAUUCUUAAACUAAGAUAUUAUUUCGUGUACCAUUGAGACUAGUUUUGUUUUCAUAAGUCAUAAUUUAGUUUCUCUUAGUUUAUUAAAGGUUGCGAGCCACGAAGAGUGCUGACGUGUCUAUGGUUUGCCUGCGCAGUAGACCAAACUUAUAUAUUAAUAGUAGAUUUAUUGGCAAUUUUUCUAUUGUGCAAGCAAACCCAUAGACACGCCAGGUCUAAACUUUGUAUACGCAUUGUACUUUUGAAAUAUGAAUAGAAAAUUAUUGCAUUAAAUUUAAAUUUGUACACUAUAUUUCCUACUAGCUUUUGCCCGCAUAUAAAUCUCAACCUUCCUAUGGGGUCAGCAUGAGUUUUUGCGACAAAACAGACACAAUUUAUGUGGAAAAUGAACAAUAUAGUACAUACGCAUCGUACAUAGAGGAACUAUUGUGACGUUGUCAAUACGAUUACGUCGUCGUGAAUAUUUUUGCUAGCCCCAUAGACUGUUAAAACUUGUAUAAAAAUCUAUUUGGUAGUUUGUAUUACGUUGAAAUAGACUUUUUUUAUAUUAUAUAUUCAUAAAAUGAACUGACCGAAGGGUUUUUUCAAGUAUCCUAUAUAAACAGUUGUGUUUCUAACUGAAAUAGCUUGUUUAAAUUAAUUAUAUCAAUAAGUACUAUUAACAUGCAAAUGGUAAACCCAAAUACACAUGUUGUUAAUAUAUAAAAUGGAGAGAAAUCUUUCGAUGCGAUGAUCGUCGUGCCUUUGUAAAAUAAGCCUUAAUCGCGUACAAUAAAGUUUAUUUUUGUGCCAUCUACCGCUUUUGUUCAUACAGCUUAUAUUCAUAAAGCUGUGUUAUUUUUUCAAAAGCCUAUAUUGUUUCUAGAUUAUUCUGUGAAUUAUUUUCUAUAGCAAACAUUAAUAAAUCGAUUAUAGUUCCAUAUAAACAUUGUCUUCACUACAGUACGUAACUAUAUUUAGGCAACUUCUACCACUAUUUUGAGAAAGGUCCUCGAGUGUAAUAGUUGAUUUGAAUAAGCUAUUUGUCUAUGAUUGCGAAUAACAUACAAAAAACCUACUAGUAAUUAUAUACCUAAUGUGUUCUUAUAAUAUAUAAGAUAAAACUAAAUGAAUAUGUCAAUAGAAAUUUAAUGAGUCGCAUCGAACGGUAUUCUUGUCCUUUUAGAAUUUAUCACACAAAUAUAAAUUGAAAUGUCAUUACAAUUUUGCAUUUUCGAUAUAAUUAAAUUCUCGGUUAUUUCUGGAAUCGAAUUUUUUAUAAUGCAAAUUAUUUUUUGCGUAAAAACUCUUUUUUAGGUUAUUAUGUAAGUUGACAUUAAAUAUGGGAGCAAUUGCGUGUAUAUAGAGUGUGUGUGAAUGAAUGACUUUCAAUUUGUAUUUGAAGGAUUAUAUGUUGAGUUGCUGACAACACGACGCCGUGUUUAGGAUUUGCGAUAAGUUUUAAGUUUGUACGAUAGAGUUUUUCAAUAGAUAUUUAACAUUCACCGUGUAUAUAGUAGAUAGUACAAAAAUAUUAAAAGAAAAUUAUUUAAAAUGAUAA